GUCACUGUCACAGUUAAACUCAAUUAUCAAGGAUAAGACGAUAAGACAAUCAAUGAAGCUAAAUAUAAAUCUAAAUAACUUAAUGCGUUAAAUGCAAGCAGCAAUGAAAAUUCUACGAUAGCCGCAAUCUCAAACUCUACUUUUUAUUUAAAUUGUCGCACGACGAAAAGUCUUAUGGUGUUUAUUUUUAAAAUUCCUUAUAUAGAACCACCAAGUGCUAUCUCAACUUUUCUGUCCUUGAGUUCGAAACCCCUGGAAAUAAAAUAUAAUCAAUAUAAAUGUAAAUAAAAAUGUGAUAAGUGCUAUCUUAAGAGGAAUUAAUGUUAAUACAAAGAUUAUACAGCAUAACGCCCCUCAAUAAGUUCCAACGUAUUAACUACGUGUACAAAUUAGUGAACUAUUGCAGAUUUUGUUAUUACAAAAUGUCUCAAUGUCAAGCGUUAUUGCUCUCUUCAUCUAACUGCCAUGGAUAUUCCAUGUUGGAGUUUGCUAAAGAAGAAAUUUGCAAUCUUUUAGAAAAGAAUAACAUUGAAGAUUUGCUGUUUGUACCAUAUGCACAAAAGAACUAUGAUGAGUACACGAAAAAAAUAAAAGAGGUUAUCGAUCCAUGGGGAUUUUCAGUCACUGGUUUACAUACAUACGCAGAGCCUGUUGAAGCAGUUUAUGAUGCUCAAGCAAUCUUUAUUGGUGGUGGGAAUACAUUUAUGUUGCUUAACACCCUCUAUAGCCAAAAUUUAGUGUCUGUUAUCAGAGAAAGAGUACUUGAAGGGAAAUUGGUAUACAUAGGAAGCAGUGCAGGCACCAAUGUGGCUACCAAGAGUAUACAUACAACAAAUGAUAUGCCUAUAAUAUAUCCACCAUCUUUUGAAGCUAUUGGUUUGGUUCCUUUUAACAUUAACCCUCACUAUAUUGAUAAGAGUGAUAAUGAAACACAUAAAGGUGAAACAAGAGACCAACGAAUUGGUGAAUAUAUGGAGAUGCCUCAUGCCAAUUCAGUUUUAGGAUUGAAAGAAGGCUCCAUGUUACAUGUUGAUGGUGGCUCACUAGUAUUAAAAGGAGUUGCUGGUGCAGUGUUAUUUCAAAAAGGAGGAAAGAAAACAGAAUAUAGUGCUGGUGAUAAUGUAUCAUUUUUAUUAGAGGAAUGAAGCUAUAACUUUAACAUUCAUGAGAUUUAAGAGAAUUAUUAUAAGUAAGAAAUCUGUAAAUGUAAAGUAUACACUAUUCUAUAAAAAGGUGAAUUUACUUUAAUAUCAUAUUCUACACUAAUUAAGACUUAAAAAGCUUACAAGAAAAUAUGUUUCAAUAUAUUUUAUAUAAAAUAAGAUGGUUAAUAAAAAUUAUCUCUAUUGCA